AUGCAGUUGACCUGGGACCUGAGAUAUGUCCAUACCCAGUCAUGGGUCAUGGAAGAUGGCUCCCCACCUCAGAACUGUUUCGAGUGUACUUGUGACCGGAGUUCCACCGUCGUCACUGGCCUCUCUGAGGCUGCGGCUGUACCCCAGCCAGAUAAUGCGAGUGAUCAUCCCCUUGCGGAUGUCGAUGCUACCUCGACGUCCGAUGCCAGCACGUCCAGCUCAUCUCUCUCGCCUCCUUCAUCAUCACCGCCGGCAAUGGAACAGCUCCGUGGCGUUGCCGACGAUGUCGAAGAUGCCUUGAUCCCCAAGGAAACAGCCAUUCGCCACAUGUUCAAUAAUGCCACUCACACAUGGAAACACUUCCUCGACAAGGCAUUGGCCCUCCCUCGUGGCGUCUUUCCCCCAGGACUCGACGCACACAUUGUCUUCAAGGACAUGCCGCCACUUCCCGAAUCCCUUCCUCAAAACGGCGUACUUGCUGGUGCUCCAAGAUGGUCCGUCCCGGAGCCCGCUGAGGCGCUCGCCGAUGAGAACUCUGAUAUCUCCAUCGUCGGCGACACCCUCGACGAUAUGGGCUUGGAUCUCUCCCGUGUCACCGGCACCACAAAAUACUUCCGCCUUGCUUAUCCCGAUAUCGUUGAGUGUCGCAUCUCUUCGGAUCCGAGCGCCAGCUGCUGCGGGAGCCCGCCGUCCUCCAACGUUGGUGCGUCAAACGCCCCGCAAGGCCUCGCCAUCUUGACCAUGUGCUGGUCCUACAUCUUCUCCACUCGGCUACUGCAGCUCCAGGGCCGGAGGGUCCACUACACCGACUCCUGCCUCCGCCCACUCCCGAAGAACGCGGUUGGCAUACUCGCGCAGAAUGAGAUCCUUGUUCAACUCCCCGUCGAGGCCUCCGAGCCUCUCAUCCAAUGGCUCUGUGCUAUCCUGGCUCCCAAGCCGGGCUGGUCUGCCGAUGACAAGGGUGGCCCAUUCUCUCCCUGGGCAGCUUGCUGUACCGGCGACUUCACCUUCGUUGUUGCGACUGAGGAACAAGUCUGCCUUGAUCCCAAUGCUGAGCCUCCGACUGUCGACGAGGCCGCGGAAUUUCUCUUUGAGUUCUGCAAAUUGUUUGGCAUUGGCCAUGAACCAUUGAGUCAUGAUGACCCUGCUGAGCUCUCCCCCGUCAAGGCCGCCUUCUUGGCAACGCUCGCCAUUCCGUUCUAUCGGAUGGCCAAGCUGCAGCCUGACUUCCCCAGGCCCUCUCUCAACCCCGCAAAGAAUGGCACCUUGAACAUCAACAAGAGCACAAUCCAAUAUUACAUCACUGACCUCCAAUACCACAUGACGCUUAGCAUGCACCAGUAUUCCCUGGGCCCUGUCCUAUGGAGUAUAUUCUGGCAGCCUGACGUCGAAUGUAAUCUUGUCACCCCCUGGCUCGCCGCCGUCAAGAGCGUCAUCCAGCCUGCACUUGACGAGUGCGACUUCGAGCUCUUGGCCAAGAUCUUCGCCAUGCGCCGACCUCGUGUCGCCCUUUGGUGGCAUGGCCUCUUCCUCCUUGGCGACACCAAGAUUCUUGACAUGAUUCGCACUUACCUCGACACCCUUGAUGAGGGGUGUUCCUAUGAUACCCUCGCUCGCCCGGACAUCGUCUCCGCCGCCUGGACCGGAUCUGCCCAGUCAUAUCAAGACGACCAGAUCCCCCGCGGCUACUACAGAAAUUCGCCUGUUCCCCGUGCCGACCUCCUCCAGCAUCGCCACACACUCACUCUUCGGGAUCCCUGGCCUCUCUUCUACGGCUGGCGUCCCUUUGGCUCUGUUCCCAAAGACAGUAUCGAACCAGACUUGUAUCCCUGGCUAGAGCGCGGACAUCGUCGUGUCUAUGAGCUGUGGACUUGGUGGGUCAAAGAAGAUGCCCGCACUCGACCUCGAGUUUCACUAGGUUUCCGCAAAGAGUCAAAACGCUACGCCUCAUCUGUCCCGGACUACCUAGCUAUGAUGGACGCCCCAGACCCGUCUGCGCCCGUCCCGCCCACAAUUUGGCUGCCUCUCGCCCCGUCUCAGCGUGCUACCCGCCAGAUGAUUGCUCAUUCUCUUGGCAACAUAGUCGGGGAACGCAGUGUCAGCACUGCCGUCAUCCCAGGGCUCGGCGACAACCACCCUUGGCUCAAGGAUUGGACUCCCGCCUAA